AUGAAGAACUUCCUAACCCACAUGCUGUUUAUCAGCGCGGCGCUCUGCUCACCGAGAUUGGACCCGCUGGUGGACACCAAGAAGGGCCUGAUAAGAGGCUUACAGGCUUCCGAUGGAGACUAUGCCAUGUUCCUGGGCAUUCCCUACGCCAGGGUCAAUGAUAGUAAUCCAUUUGGGCCAUCGCACCCGUACCCAGACUUCGAGGGAGUUUUCGAGGCUUACGAUGACACCGCGAUAUGCCCGCAAAUCGAUGAGUUUUCAAAGGCGAUAGUCGGAUCACUCGACUGUCUCCACUUGAACAUCUACGUACCCAACAAGGCGACCACCAGAACCCGCCUGCCAGUGCUGGUCUGGAUCCACGGGGGCGGAUUUCAGAUCGGCUACGCCGGUCGCUUUCUGUACGGGCCCAAAUACUUGGUGAGGAACGACAUCAUCCUCGUCACCCUCAACUAUAGAGUGGGUCCGUACGGUUUCAUGUGCCUGGACACGGCGGAGGUGCCAGGCAACCAAGGACUGAAGGAUCAACUGACCGCUUUGAGAUGGGUCAAAGACAACAUAGAUGCGUUCGGCGGUGAUGUCAACAAGGUGACAAUAUUUGGUGAGAGCGCUGGAAGCGCCUCUGUCGAUUACCAUCUAUUAUCAUCGCAGGAGAAGCUAUUCGAGAGAGCUAUACUGGCGAGCGGGACAACACUCUGCCCUUGGGCGAUAGAAGAGAGUGACGGCAAGACGCCUAUCAAGAUCGCUGGCCAUCUCGGGCUGGAGACAGACGACACUAAAGACGCCCUGGCCUUUUUGGGGACGGUCAAACCGGAGUUGGUCAUAGCGGCAUCGCUGCAGCUGAAGUUGAACUUCUUGCCUUGCGUCGAGAAGAAGUUUCGAGGUGUGGAGCGGUUCAUCGCGGAGCAUCCGGUCAUCAGCGCGGCACCGAAGGCGAGGAGCACGCCGAUACUGGCCGGUUACAACAGCGACGAGAUGCUGAUGAUCUACGGAAUCAAACCGAAGGAAAGCUACCGAGGUUCGGACGUAUUCCACCACCAUUUGACGCAAAUAUUCGAGCUGAGCGAGGACUCGGAGCUGGAGACGAUUGUGCGCCAGUUUUACAUCGGCGAGGAGGAUAUAAGCGUAGAUCUGAAACAACAGCUUAUGAAUUUCGAGUCGGACAUCUAUUUCAAUCACCCGGCGCACAGGAGUGUGCAGAAAUAUCUGGCGAACGGAGGGAAGGUCUACCAUUACCUCUUCUCGUAUUCCGGCAACAGGAACUUCAUCAAGUCCGUCCACAACAUAACAGAUGAGGGCGCGGCCCACGCUGACGAGUUGGGUUACCUGUUCGACUUGUCAAUGCUCUCGGAGAACCCCUCGGAGGAGGACCAGCUCGUUAUAGACAGGGUCACGACAAUGUGGACGAACUUCGUGAAGUAUGGGGAUCCAACGCCGGAGACGUCCUAUCUGCUGCCCGUCAAAUGGGCCCCCGCAACCGCUGAAAAAUUGAACUACUUGAGCAUCGACAGCGACCUGACCCUCAGGAGGAGACCCUUCCACGAUCGGAUGGCCUUCCUGGACCUCUUCUUCGAAAUGAACAAGAAAUUGCUCCGGGGAUACGAUGGCGGCAACGAA